CCCAGCUGUUUCCUGUUGAAAAUGUCUGUGUAAUGUAGAUAAAUGUGAGGGAUUUUCUCUAAAUCCGUCUCCUGUUCGCUAAAUCUCACUUCUCCAAAACGAGCCUGCGCAAUGGAACAAAGUCGGAAUAUUGAGAUGUGACAUUGCCCGCAUCUCAUCCUCUUUCUCCCCGUUUUUAAUGACUUCAAACAAGUUCAUUUUCGCCGGGCUUUGUCUUGCGGAGACCCGUGGGGAUGUCUAGCGCUGUUUCCUUUCAGUGGCAUUUAUGUGAUGUCUUCAAGAGUGCGAUGUGCUGUAUCUCCUGUAGCCGCACCCUCUCACUACUGCUGUGCGUCCUCACCCUGACUCCGACGCCAACAGGGGCGGGCCCAGAGACCCUGUGCGGGGCGGAGCUGGUCGACACGCUGCAGUUUGUGUGUGGAGAGAGAGGCUUUUAUUUCAGUAAACCAACAGGCUAUGGCCCCAAUGCACGGCGGUCACGUGGCAUUGUGGACGAGUGCUGCUUCCAAAGCUGUGAGCUGCGGCGCCUGGAGAUGUACUGUGCACCUGUCAAGCCUAACAAGGCUGCCCGCUCUGUGCGGGCCCAGCGCCACACAGACCUGCCCAGAGCACCUAAGGUUAGUACCGCAGGGCACAAAGUGGACAAGGGCACAGAGCGUAGGACAGCACAGCAGCCAGACAAGACAAAAAACAAGAAGAGACCAUUACCUGGACAUAGUCAUUCUUCCUUCAAGGAAGUGCAUCAGAAAAACUCAAGUCGAGGCAACACGGGGGGCAGAAAUUACAGAAUGUAGGGAAGAAGCGAAUGGACAAAUGCCCAGCUGCUUGGGAAGAGAGAAGGGAGUGGCCUUACCUGGUACCCCUGUGGAAUGGUUCACUGAAAAACAAAAAUGAUGCUAACAAAGGUCCGGAAAGCUCUUCAAAAUGAUUAAAACCUGAAAGCUAAGCUGUGUUUAAGGGUUUGAUGAGGAAUCUUGUGAUUAUUUUAUACACUGCACCAUUCCAUAUCGGGAGGAAUUCUUUGUUAAUGCAAUGUAAAAGACUAGUUUAGCUGCUGAGACACAAACAAGAGCUUAUUAUACCUCCAUGUGUUGGCUGCAGCAUCCCCUGGCUUCAGAAAAGGUUUGAAUGGAUCUUAGCAUCAGCCAAUCAGAGAGCAGCAGGCUGUGCUUCUGAAUGAGUUGUCCAUCCUGUCCCCUGAACUUAACGGAGGUAAAUUCAUUCAAUCUGAGAGAGUGGAUUCAUAGGAUACUUUUUCACCGGUCAUAACAGUUACUACCCCAGUUAACAUCUGGUUAUCUUACCGUCAGAGUUUUUAUGCAGCAUGAGAAUUAGUAAAAUCAAGGUUUGCUUUAAAGGACAAAGACCAGGUGGUUUAAUAAUUUAAACAUUAUUGUAGUAAUAUUUGGGUCAAAUUAAAAUCCCUAAUUCUUAUAGUCUAGCACAGUGUUUAUGUCAAGGUUAAAGGUCCCUUGAAAUCUUCAGGAAGUGUUAAAAACCUGAAGAUUGAGUGUAAAAUCCCAAAACUUCUAUAACUACAAACAAACCCAAUUGGAGAGGAAUUUAAGGAAGAUUAACCUGAAGAUACAUUGAUAUUUAGUGUAUUGGCUAUUCAUUAAAUGGUGCUUGUGUGGUUUUAGAAAGGGGUCGUUCAGUGGACUCAAAGUGCAUUGGACAUACGUCAGUGGAAUAAGUGGAAUUACGAUAAUCAGGCAAAAAUGUUUGUUGUGGCCAAAUCAAAUUUUUUGUCAACAAUCCAGUCCCUGAGUGGAGGCCUGUGUUCAAGGUUAAGCGCAAGUCAUGCAAGUUUAGUCACGGCAAGUCAACAAGCUUUCAAAAAAGAGUAGAACAUUGUUCUGGAACAAUAUUUUCCCAAAUCUGUCAACACCUGAGUUUGAGGCAAAAGAAGGUGAGGUUCUUCCAAUAGGGGCAAAGAUGGGAGGUUUAAAGAUAGAUAUCAAUCUUGGGCUGAUAUAUUAUGUUAGUUUCUACUUCAGUUGUCGCUUGGACUGCAUUACCUGCCAUUACGGCUUGAGAACAACAAAACUCCACAGCAUCUGUUGCAAAGUCCAUCUGAAAAAUCUAUUUUGUUAAUAUUGCAAAUCAAAAUGAGAAGUCUUCCUGGAGAUAUGAGAUACAGCACGCUUUUAACAAACCCACAGACAAAGCACACACAGUGUAAAUGAGAGUUGUGUAACUGUGAGCAAGAGUCAAACACACACAUAAAACACACACACGUUUCAUGAUAAGCCAGUUCUAAGAAGUCCUUGCAUGAGGACUGACCACCCUGGCUGUUUGCUCAAGCCUCCAUGCAGGUUUAAAGUCAUUUUAUUGCACAAACCGCCCAAGACAUCUCAUCUCUGCCUCCUCUGCCUGUGUAUAAUCAAACAGUACUCCCAUUUAUGUUAUACCUAUGCAUCGCUAUCAUUCAUUGUACAUGAUAGUUUCAUAUAAUAAAACUGUAUUAAGAAUCCUAUCCACUGUAUAAUGGUGCUAUUUUGUAGUUUGUUACUUGCAAGAGAUGGCUAAGUCGGACAGAUGGCAGGGCUUACAUUGGAGGUCUUCCCUUUUGCACAGCCUUGUGGCCACCAUUUUAAUAGUGUUUUAUUUUGUAAGCUGUUUAAGUAAGGUAGUAGUGUAAGCGAGUAAAUGUAUCUGUGUGAAAUAUGUGAAUGCAUGGAGAUAAAAAAAUACAAGAAAAUACAAUGUUGUGGUCCCAAGAAGGCAAAAUGCUAUUUUUUCUACUGUUUUUGAAUUAUUUUCUCAAUAUACAUCCCUUAUGCCAAAUAACUUGACAAAAGUACUGUGAACUGUGAUUCUUCCAAUUGUAUUGAGAUUGAUAAAAGUCAUGGUGUGCUUUUGUCUGUCCUAAGAUGUGUGUUUACAUGCACCUCACUGGAAGAAAAAUAAUUGAUUAUUAAAAACACUUAUCGCGAGACUACACUACUUUUGCUGAACAGCGGCCACUGUGGCUACAAGUUGUAAUUAUGAUAUAAAUGCAAAUUAAACUUGCCUUAAACUUGUUUCCCAAGAUCUUCAUGAGUCCGACACCAACAUGUUAUCUGUGUCACGCUAACCUGUAGUGUAACAAGAGCACAGUUAGAGAAGAGCUAUAAUGUCAGCCAAUUUACUUAUUAAUAUUGCACAGCGUCUAGCUUUAAAAAAAAUAUUGGGACAAUUUGUAAAAUUAGAAGAUUAGAAGCAAUUUCAGAUUCCUCUGUUUAACACAAUAUUUCAGCCAGCAGCCGGUUAGCUUAGCUAAACACACAGAUUGGUAACAGGAGGAUCAUCUAGUUUUGCUUUGUAGAAAUGUCAACAAAAUACGCCACAUGGUGUCGUUUUUACAUCUCAGUUGUUUUACUUACAGAUUUAAAGGUAGGGUAGGUAAGAAUGAAGAAACCAGCUCGAGUGCGCUAGAAUUUGAAAAUACACAGCCGGAAAAAAUCUGCCACUUCCUUACAGAGCCCCUCCUCCAACACACACGAACGCGCACAUGACCAAUGAGGGCACAAAAUAAGCCGGGCCUGCUAAAAUGAUUGGUCGUGCUUUUUACAGUACUACGGCUUCCACAGAUGACAUUUUUUAUGGAUUUUUUGUCAAAGCACUUAAAAUAUUCAUUGCUAUCGGGAUGUUAAGAGCAUUCCAUGGAAUAUAAAAGUGUAUCUCGAGCCGGUUUCUCAAACGUACCUACCCCACCUUUAACAAACACAUUUGUAUAUUAGUAUGUACCGUAUGUACGUUGUAGGGGUACUGUUUGGCAAGCUAGCCACGAGAGCUUUCCCGCUUGUUUCAUUCUUUAUGCCAAACAAAGCUAACUGGCUUCUGGAUGUAGCUUGAUAUUGUGGGCUGAGUCCUAAAACACGGAAAUUAUUAAGCAUUUUUGACUAAACAUUUUACUACAUCAGCUAAAUGACUAAUAUUUUCAACCAUCAAUAUUGAAUACUGUUUUUAUCUGUCAACAUAGGAAUUUGCUAGUUUACUUUUGUUCUUUAAUUAUUUACAAAUUACAUAAUCGACAUGCAGAGCUAAAAUGUUAACAACGUUGCUUUUAGAGCCAUUCUGGUUCUCGAAUAUUUUCAGAUAUAAAGUACAAACCAAAUACUUUUUAAUAGAACAAAGCCUCAGUCAGCAUUAAUAAGCCAUGAAUCAAAUCAUUCAAUAUCAAUUGAGGUACGAAGUGCACUGCAGCCACAAAACGCCCUCCAAAAACUUGUCUCUGGUACCUGAAAUAUAGCUUAUAAUGUCAUAAAUAGCAAGGUUAGCCAGACAAAAGUCCUUCUGUGUGUCUGAUAUAUUUAAAGAAAGCUACAGCAACCAACUUCAAUGUGACUAUGAUUCAACCAUUUUUGUUUGUGACCUGUGUGAAAUAAUGAUCAAUAAAGUUUAAAAAGUGGUGCUGAAACAUUCACAACUCUUUGAGGUGUUAAAUGAGAAAACAUAAUUUCCAUCACUGUCCAAGAAAACUUUUUGAUUAGAGCGCUGUUAUUUUUGGUGCUCUAUUGCCUUCUGUAGAAAAAAUACUGACACAUUGUUCACCAUUCCUGCUGAAUAAACCACUUGUCAACAUCA